UGUUAAUACUGAACUUCCUGGUAGCCUAGGCAAAAAGGGUUACACCGUUCCUGUGUCUUACAUCCAGUUAGUCAUAAAACCAGAGCUUCUGCUUGGGAGGGGAGCAGUGGGGUGAUUGCUCCCAGAUGUGGACGGCUUGGCCAGUGCUCUGGAAUAUGUGCAUGAGUGGGAGUGUACGUUGCUGCCGUGUUGUUUAAUGCAAAGAGAAGAGAGAUGAGUCUGUUUCAGGAGAUCCUUGCCACCCUGUCUGUGGAAGACGAACACAGCGGGUCAUCUGGGCUUGGGCCAUGACUUUGGAGAUGGUUGUUGUUGCCCCUUGUCUCUGAGGUCUUUUCCAGCUCAAAAGUGCAGAGAUUCAUCGAGGAGAGUGAGGAAGGUGGAACCUCAGCCUGUAGGAGUUUUUCUUUUUUGAAAAGAAACCCUCAACCCUUAGGUCUAGACUCUGAGUGUGUUCUUGGAAAAGGAUGAGAGCGGCAGGGCUGGAAGUGAGACACUGGAUCUGAGGGAGCGCCAUGGCAGUGUUUCUGGAGGCCAAGAAUGCCCAUUCGGUCCUGAAACGGUUCCCUCGUGCCAAUGAAUUCCUGGAGGAGCUGCGCCAGGGGACCAUCGAGCGGGAGUGCAUGGAGGAGAUCUGCAGCUACGAGGAGGUCAAGGAGGUGUUUGAGGACAAGGAGAAAACGAUGGAGUUCUGGAAAGGGUACCCGAAUGCAGUCUAUUCAGUCCGAGACCCUGCGCAGAGCUCAGAUGCCAUGUACGUGGUGGUGCCCCUUCUGGGGGUGGCGUUGCUGAUCGUCAUUGCCUUGUUCAUCAUCUGGCGGUGUCAGCUGCAGAAGGCCACCCGUCAUCACCCCUCAUAUGCUCAGAACCGGUACUUAGCGAGUCGCGCGGGGCACAGCCUGCCCCGGGUCAUGGUCUACCGGGGCACCGUGCACAGCCAGGGGGAGGCCUCUGGGCACCGGGAGGCAGGGAGCCCCCCGCAGAUGGUGCUGGGGCCUAGUCGCGGGGGUAGAACCACGGUCCGCCUCGAGAGCACCCUCUACCUUCCCGAGCUGUCCCUCUCCAGGCUGUCCAGUGCCACCCCUCCCCCGUCCUAUGAGGAGGUGACUGCUCCCCAGGAGAGCAGCAGCGAGGAAGCGAGCGUCUCUUACAGUGACCCGCCCCCAAAGUAUGAGGAGAUAGUGGCCGCCAACCCUGACUCAGACAAGUAGUAGGACUCGUGUCCUGUCCAGUGUGAAAGUCUCGUUCAGGGGCCUCCUGUUUUCUUUUUAACUUUUUUAAGACUGUGCCACCACAAAACAGCCUUAGCCUCCUUGUUGCCAAAUAAUUUCCUAUCCGUGGAUUUGUAGGAAGUCGGUUGUCAAAGACAGGUGGAGGGGGUAGGGAUCAUAAGCAUAUAUAUCACCUCUGAGGAGAGCCGCAGGCCAGAGAGCCCAGCUCCUCCAGAAGCCCUCACGCCCCUGCCAUCCUGUCCUCCUGUCAGGGACUGGCUUCUCUUAUGCCAAAGGAAUCACCCUGUUGAAUUGAUUGUGGCCAGAACGUCCACAGGCUCGGGCCCGGGGGCCACGCAGCUGGCCAAAGACCUGUUUGUCUGAAGCCUCGCCACAGAGAUGAGGGAGAGAAGCCAGCCCUUCAGCGCCCUUUUCCCUCACUAGCCCUGUGCUUUCUGUCCUUGCUCACGUUUGGCAAGGACAAGGACAGAACAGAAACGAAAAGAGUAAUAACGCAACGAGACACAAUAAAACAAAACGAUAUCACCUGGGCCGCUCAUAGGGGUUCAAGGGAAAUCAGUCACGCAGGUCAUCUGUGACACUCCCCUCCCCCGACACUCACCCCACACUCCCGACCAGGUUCAAGGGAGUGUCUGGAGUCACCUGGAAGGAUGACGGGGUGCGUGAAGGACAGGGCCUGGCCGACAGAGCUGCCUCCUUCAGACUGGGGACGUUGCCAUCUGGAGGGCAGCUCUGAUCCUACUGUGCUUGGCCUCCCCUAGACCCUGGCUCUCCAGGCACGUGUACCAGCUGUGCUAAAGCCGCUACCCAUUGGCACGAGCCCUAUCAGAGCCUCGGGAAAACGGACGCUGCUGACCCUGCCUGUGGAGCCCAUGGCCUUUGAACGGGCGGGGUCCAGGCUAGGGCAGAGAGCUGAAGUUUUCUCCUUGUGAGGUUGGCCCGUAGGAUGACUAAACCCACAAACUGGGCUUCCUCGGCACUGUGCUCUCUGGCUGUGAACUUUUAGGCUACUGCCCUUUUCGUGAGUGGGUGUGUUGAGAUGAACUUGAAUUUCAGAUGGCUGAUUUCUUCUUAAUGAUGGGGCCCACCUGGGGAGAAGAUCCAAAAGUGUCCCUUUUUAGAAAUUUCUCUGUGGGGGAGAUGGGGAAGCUCGUGACCUGGGGUUGACGGCCCAUCAAUGAUUUGCUCUGUCAUUAGCAGAUGCUGGUCCACUGUUAGUAACCCCUUUCUGUGGCCCAGGAGCUGCCCACCUCUCCAUUUCAGUGAGGCUUCGGGCCGCAGCGGGGCAGAGGUGACCCGCCCUUUAACUGUCAGUGACCGCGCAAGAGACACUGUCAACACUGCCUCCCUACCCUUCCAUCUUCAUCCUCCUGGCCUCAGCACCAAACCGUUUUUCCUCUGUGGUGCUUUAAAAAAUGUAGCAAAUUUUUGUGGGGCCCCAAAGAGUGCACAGCCAGGGUCUAUUGGCAACUACAGCAGUUUAAAACCCACUGAGAAGACAAGCUUCUCUCUGUCUAAACCGCUCUCCAAGGCAGGCCUCAGGCCUCGUUCUUUGAAUGCGGCCCUGCCUAGAGGCCACAGAUGACUUCUGGAGGCCCCUCCAGUCCUGGGCACUCACCCAGGAACACGCUUCAAACGAGGAGGCUUAGUGUUCUUACCCCAGCGAGGCCACCAGCUUGGACAACACAACCCUGUGGCCGGGGUUUUCCAUCCUUACCCCUACCUCACAGGCCUCCUGGAGGCUGACUGAGCUAAUGCCUGUGUAGUGCUUGAGACACCGGGAAGCCAGUGCAGUUUGCCCUUAGGAAGGUUCUUCUAGAAAUAUGUAGGUUAUAAGGGACCAGUUCUAGUGGAGGCCUUUGUAGGACUCUGAAGUCGAGUCUCAACCUGGGGAGUCAGUCUCCUGCGAGUUGGACCGUUCCGCACCCCUGCUUCCCUUCCGCGAGAGCUCCCUGAUGCCAGAGGUGCUGACCAGGUGGCAUUCCACCUUUCCUUCCUUCCUCUUUUCCUCCCUCUGGGCCUCCAGCACCGCACUCCUGCCCUUUCUCACGAAGGCAUUUGGGGCCUAGAAAGCCCCUGCUUUGUCCAUGAGGGAUGCUGGGGUCCAUCCUAUUCAGCCAUGCUGGAGGACCCGGGGCAGCCUGAGGCUCCGGGGCCGGUCCCUGCCAUCCCAGCCUUUCCUCGGGGGCCGUGCCUGCGUGUGACCCGGGAGCACGGGAGAGAGCCAGGCGUGGGCCCCACUCACCAGAGCCAGAGGGAGGUUGCCCGGGACUGCCUGCUCCCUUUGGCCCCCGUCGAGCCCCUCCCUGCUGAGCUGCUUGCUGUUUGCAGCUGGCUGGAGGUGGGAGCGGGUGGGAUGCAGGAGCCCGGCCCGUUGGAGGGCGGCCUGCAUCCUGCAGGCGCCGAGCUCUCCGGUCCAGGUGCUUUGCAGCGUUCUUCCACGUGGGGUUGCCACCGUGGUCUCUGGGACGUUUUUCGCAGUAUAUCAUAGAAAAAAAGAUUGUACAGUACACCAUGGUCAUAACUCCUCGCGGUGCACAUUUGGCUUUUACGAAUGCCCUGUACAUAUCUUUUCAAACUCUGUCUUUGUAUGGUUGUUGAUUUGAUACAACGCUUCAUCUGCGGUAGCCACAUUUUCAUUGUUUUUGGACUUUGCGUGUGUGUGUGUGUGUGUGUAUACACGUGUGAACGUUGCCUUUUCUCACAUGCUUAUCUGAAACAAUAGCCGGCGUGUGGCUAUAUUUGUACCAGGAGGGUUCCGGUCUGAAGGGAGGAAUGUCACCUCCCAGGGCUAGGCAGCCUGAGGACAGGACCCUGAGUCAGGAAAGCCAAGAUUAGCUGUUGGAGCAAGCCCGCCAGAGUUGCCGCCUUCUGCCCUCCUUCACAAAAGGUUUUGGAUGAAGAUGAAGCAGCUCUAUCUUGUGGGCCUCCCCACUGUGGGACCCCCCCCCUCACACGCCCUUUUGGAGCAGUGCCCCCAGCCUUGGCUUCUGUUCUGUGGGUAUCAGCAGCUGAAGGAAAUCUGAGCACUCCUGGGCCUUUUUGUUUUUUAUUUUUAUUUUUGGUGGAAAGAUGUGUGACUGUUGACUUUGGGAAUGGCAGGGCUGGUUAUUUAGAUAAUUUUCACUUAAAAGAAAACAGAAAAGCCUUUGACAAAUUCCUUGGAAUGUGACUGUCACAUGUUUUCAACCAAAAUCUUUUAAAGACUUUUCCAAACAAGCAUCACAAUCUUGUCCCUCCCCUGCUACUCCCCAUCACCCGGGGGUUUUCAAAACAAAAGCACAACAGGAAGUGGAGUGCGCAGGUGCCCAGUGUGUGCAGCCCUGCACAGCUGUGACGUGCCCUGGCUGACGGACACGGAACACUGCGCCGUCUGACCCGGAGGCCAGGGCCCUCCUCGUCUACUUGCGAAUCCCACUGCCACUAGUGUGAGUUCCUUAGGGUGCUUCGGAAAAUAGGAAUCUGCCCAAUUUGUUGGACUCUGUGUUUUUGGUAGCUUGAAGAUGACGGAUCCGGGUCAGGAAAGCAUCUUUUUGCUAAGGAGUUAGAGCCACAUGGUUCUUCUCUGGCUGGGGGGUUGAUCUUUUCACAACCAAAUGGCAUCCCACAAGAAGAACUGAAAACAACACUGCCUCUAGAUUGUUCCUUUGUCGGGGUGGGGGGAGGGAGAGAGGGAGAUUAUUAAGAGAAACUCUUACCUACACUGUCUGUUUCUAGGAGUGUGCGUGUGUGUGCUUUGUGUCAUGCGUGUGCCCUCACGUUCAAGGCUGAGAUGGAGAGCUGACAAGAACGCAGCCCCAUCUCAGGAUUGCGCCGAUUCAGAAACAAGCACAUCCUCCCCACUGAACUCUACUCAUUCUAAUCAGUAUAAUUAGCUAAUUUAAAAGUACUUGAAUCAGACUGCCUGCAACUAUGGUAAAAGCCCAUUAAUUCGAAGCCCACUAAUUCAAAACUUAGAGAAAAUCACAACUUAAGAUAAUUUGUGGUAUCUGCGAUUCUCACUCCGUAGAAAUAUUCAAGAUAUUCUUCCCUUCAGGUCGUUUUCAGGGUCAUAUGUGUAAGAGGGAUCUAGUUUAAAACGAGUACCUUUUUCAAAUAAAAGGCUCAAGAUAGUACGGAUCCCUUCACCGUGCCUUCGGCAGUUCUCAUUUGUCGGGCUCUUCGUGUACAGGAUGAACUCUGGUUCUCUGUCUACUGUGGGAAUGUUGGGUAUGGCGGCUUUUCAUUCUCCUCCUUUAUUUGCUCUAUGAAUAAAAUAGUUUGUGAACUAAACUGCAAUUUAAAGUAAUAUAACUGUAUAUCUUGCUAAAUAGUCUGUAAAGCAGAUGUUUCGCUAUAAGACCGGCCGCUCCCAUCAUUCGCCCCCAAAUAUUCAAACAUAUCGAGCUUUUCCUUUCACAGGCUGUGGGCGGUGAGUCUCUCUGGAGCAAGAAUUUUCCUGACAAAGAUAUCCUAACAGCGCAGCACACCCCCUCGGGCUCAGUGCCUCAACAGUUGUCCCACUGUACUGAGCUAUGUGACCGUUGCCCAGUGCCUGCCCUUCGCCCGCCCCCAGCCCAAGUAUUAACACAGAUAUUCAAGAUUGGGACAAAUCCCACAGCUGCUUAUGCCUCCCAAUCUGUCUCCCCUUACGGAUGCCACUUUCCCAGGCCUGAACACACCUGCUCUUUCACUCUGUGGUCGUGAAUUUGUGACAGUGGAAACCCUGAUAUGUGCAACUGAGCUUAUAGACAAGAUUACUGUGAAAUGGAUUAAUUUUGGUACCACUUUAAACUGUGCUCGUAAUUCAUGUGUUGACCCAUGUCAGCUGGGAAAUCUGUACAUUCAGUAAUAUGUCAGGAUUUCACUGGAGCCUGGGGGCAACAAACAAACGUACUUCUGAUUUCUUUCUCUCUCUCUCUUUUUGUAAUUGUUGGGUUUAGCUGUUAAGUUUGUCUCUUUCUGUACCAGAAGAUAAUGAAUAAUAAUAAAGAGCAAAUGGUA